UCGUUGCUGUUGCUGUUCCAAUUUCUGGCAUUUUCGCUGUCCAACAUCAAGAUUUUGAAAGUGGAAGUUGGGAUUCUUACAGUUUUUUGGCUGAUCGCUUAAAGAUGGUUGAUUACAGUGUUUGGGACCACAUUGAGGUCAGUGAUGAUGAAGACGAAACUCAUCCAAACAUCGACACUCCAAGCUUAUUCAGGUGGAGGCAUCAAGCAAGAGUUGAGAAAAUGCAAGAAAUGGAAAAGAAAAAGGAGGAUGUAACUCAAAGUAAAACAAAACUUGAAAGACAGAUUGAUGAGCUUAAAGAACGGAUGAAAAAGUUGGAAGUUGAAGGGAAGAAAGAUCAGUUGAAACUUCUUCAAGCAGAAAUUGAUGAAUUAAAAAGACAGGAAGAACAUUUUAGGAAAAAGGAAAAGGAACUCAUUGAUGAAGAAAAAGCACAGCCAUGGAAUAUUGAUACAUUGAGUAAACCAGGUUUUCAAAAGACGGUAAUCAACAAAGUUGAACCAAAGCAGAAGAAGAAUGUUUCUGAUGAAGAGCAAAUGGAAAAUUGGAACAAAUUUUUAAAAAAACACAAGGAAGAUAUUAAAAAGUAUGGAAUGCUGCAUGAAUACCAUGACAGUGAACAAUUCUUACUGAAAAACAGCCACCUUGCUUGUGAAGAAACUGCUAAUUACCUGGUUGUUUGGUGUGUGGACCUCGAAGUCGAGGAAAAACAUGCAUUAAUGGAGAGAGUUGCUCACCAAACUAUCUGUAUGCAAUUUCUGCUUGAGCUAGCAAGAACAAUGGAAUGUGAUCCAAGAAGUACCAUCCGGCCAUUUUUUAACAAAAUGAGAAAGUCCGAUGAUUCGUACAUGGAUGGUUUCCAAGAUGAACUGAAAAGUUUCAUCAAAAGGGUCAAAGAAAGGGCACAGGCAAGGAUAGAAAAGGCGCUGGAAGAAUAUGAGGCUGAGGAAAAACAAAAAAGACUUGGCCCUGGAGGACUUGAUCCUGUCGAAGUCUUUGAAACAUUACCCAAGAAACUGCAAGAUUGUUUUGAAUCAAAGAAUGUUCAGAUGUUGCAAGAUGUGUUGACCUCAAUGCCGGAAGAUGAAGCGAAAUACCAUCUGAAGCGAUGCAUUGAUUCUGGUCUGUGGGUACCUGAUGCUAAAAAAGCUGAACAAGAUGCAAUGAAAGCCGAGCAGGAUGCCAAGCAAGGAGAGGCAGCUGGAGAAAGCUGAAACUUUGAGCGUUUUAUUUCACUUGUACUGCAAACUGCACAAGGCGGACCACUUACACCAGAUCAAGGCUUCAUUUUUGAUUAACAUUGCAGAUUCUGUUCUGAUGGAGAGUUGCUUCCUGUUCAUAAAAUCUGUGAAAAUGCUUUGUACGUUGUAUUGCAACCCCGAAUUUCUCCUAAUCGACUGCUCACAAGUAAUUGUACAUUUGAAUGUGACAAAAA